AUGAAACACUUGGUGUGCGGGAUUUUGUGCGUGGCGCUGUGGGUGCGCUCGGUCCCUGCCAGUGCGCGAACCAGCAGGAAGCGCAGAUCCGCUACAGGACCAUAUCCGCUCUACAUGAUGCACCUUUACCGGACUUUACUGGCCGGUGACAGAAAGACAUCAGCGGGCAUUUCGAGCGCGGGGAUCGGAUACGAACAACCAUCUCUACACCACUCCGACUCGGUGCUCAGCCUCGUCGCCAAAAAUUGCCACCGGGUCGGUGACAAGUGGGCCGUCACGUUUGACAUGUCCUCCAUCUCGGCGAGUGACGAUGUGCAGCACUCAGAGCUGCGCCUGCGCCUCCCGAACUACUCUGCCUCUGAGAAGCCCGUGGUGGACAUCUACCACGCUCCUACAAGCGCUGAGGAGCGUCUUCACCUGGGUCGCAUUGAUGCCGCAUCAAGCACCUCUCUAUCCGCACAAUCCUCUUGGAAAGUCCUCAAUAUCACCCAGCUGCUGAAGUACUGGUUGCACCAGGGGGGUCUGCCUCCUACUCAGGUUCGUUGGGAUGAAGAAGCACUCCAGGACCUUGAGCAUCCCAUCCAGCAUCAGGCAGCCAACAGCGUCAUGAUGGUGGUUUACUCCAAGCAGAUGAGGACAGAAGCAUCUACUCUGAUCCACACAGCUGAGCACUCCAAAUAUGUGACUCAGGAUUGGGAGUUGUCUGAGCCCGUGGCCCGGAGACACAAACGUAACCACUGGACACCCAAGAGGGUGAGCGAGGCGACAGGGGGCAGUACAAUUCUAACACACUCACAAGUUGAGGGUGAAAAGAAGACCCUCUGCAGGAAGGUAGACAUGUGGGUGGACUUUGACCAGAUUGGCUGGAGCGAGUGGAUUAUUUAUCCAAAGAGAUACAAUGCAUACCGCUGCAAAGGUGACUGCCCUACACCGGUGGAUGAGUCGUUCACUCCGACAAAUCAUGCAUACAUGCAGAGCCUACUGAAGCUACACCAACCAGACCGUGUCCCAUGUCCAUCCUGCGUACCUACACACUUGGCUCCUCUCUCCAUGCUCUACUAUGAGAAUGGGAAGAUGAUGAUGAGACAUCACGAAGGCAUGGUGGCAGAGGCAUGCAGCUGCCACUGA